CUUUGUGAGGAGCGGGAGGCGGAGGCUGCCGCGCGGACCCACGCACCUGGGAGGCGGAGGCGGCGGCGAGGAGCGGGCGAGCUCCCCCUACAGCCUGGCCGGUAGUUAAAACCCACAUCAUCCAGAGAAGGAAGAGAGGUUAAAGGAAAGAUGAAAGGAUUGAGUUAGUUGGCUGCCUUGUUCAGAGUGUACUGCCUCUUGUGCACAUUCCAUAAUGACUGUGAAGUCCUCUGGCCGUCAGACUUCAGGAAAAGUGCAAAAUGUUUCAAAUUCCUGUUCAAAAUCUUGAUAAUAUCAGGAAGUCUCGAAAAAAGGUGAAGGGCAUUCUUGUGGAUAUUGGGCUUGACAGCUGCAGGGAGUUGUUGCAGAAUCUUAAAGGUUAUGAUCCAGGAGAAAAAUAUUUUUGCAACACUUCAUGGAGUGAUGUGUCUCCCUGGGAGUCUGUGGGCAAAAGGAAGAGAUACAGAACAAAACCGUACUGCUGUAGCCUAUGCAAGUUCUCCUCAAAAUUUCUUACUUCAUUCAAGAAUCAUUUGCACCGUUACCAUGAAGAUGAAAUGGACCAAGAGCUGGUGGUUCCUUGCCCAAAAUGUGCAUUUGCUUCUGAUUCAAAAAUAGUGGGAAAACACAUCCGGAUGUUUCACUCUUCUAAUAGGAAAAUACAGAACUGCACAGUGAGCAUUUUAGGUGGCAUGAAACAAUUCAGGAGUGACAUUAUAAACUUCACAUGUCUAAAAUGUCACUUUACAGACACACUGUACUACAAUAUGAAGAAACAUGUGCUGAUGAACCAUUUUCAAAAUUUAAUAAGCACAUAUUUUGGCCAGAGACCAGACGAAAUUGAAGAGAAUUUUAUUGAGCACUACUGUAAGAAAUGUAAUGCUUCUGCAAACAGCCAAGAUUCUUUAAUGUAUCAUGUCUUAACAUCUAAUAUGCACAGAGAUCUGGAGAAUAAACUUAGAUCUGUGAUUUCAGAACAUAUUAAGAAAUCAGGACUUGUGAAGCAAAUGCAUAUUGCUCCCAAGCCUCCCACAACUAUAGCUGCUCCAUCUUUAAUGCCCACCACUGCUCCAUCAAGCUCAGUUACUACUCCAACUUGCAUUCAACUUGCAUUUCCUCAGAAUAAUCAAAAGCAAACCAUGGUACAGGGGACAGCAGUUCCAAACACUGUUUCAAAUGGCUCUGGUAGUCUUACACAUACGUCUCCUGCUCCAGUUAUUACUCCACCACAUGUUACUCUUGUAUCCAGUCCGCUCCCUGUAGGUCAGAAUGUUAAUCUUCAACCUCCAGUUCCACAACCUGUCUUUGUUUCCCAUAGGGUCCCUCUUAAUCAGCCUGUCAGGCCUGGGGUUCUCCCCCUUACUCAACCUGUUGGGACCAUAAAUAGACCUGUCGCUCCUGGGGUUCUUCCACUUAGUCAACCUGUCAGGCCUGGUCUUCUUCCUGUUAAUCAGCCUAUUGGGACUAUAAAUAGUCUGGUUGCACCUGGGGCUCUCCCAAUAGCUCAGCCUGUUGGUCCUGUAAAUAGUCAUGUUGGGCCUGGAGUUCUCCCACUAACUAGGCCUAUUGCACCUGGGGUUCUCCCUAUAAAUCGACCUGUUGGGAAUAUGAAUCAACCCAUUGGUCCUGGGGUUCUUCCUGUCCCCCAGGCUGUUACAUCAGGGGUUCUCCAGCUUAAUCAGCCUGUUGCAUCAGAGGUUCUUCCUGUAAGACAGCCUGUCAGACCUGGGAUUCUCCAACUUAAUCAACCUGUUACCUCAGGGGUUCUCCCUGCAAAUCAGCCCAUCAGACCUGGAGUUUCUCAAAAUACCACUUUCCUGACUGCAGGACCUAUACUUAGACAGUUAAUUCCAACUGGUAAGCAGGUUAAUGGGAUACCUACAUAUACCCUUGCACCAGUUUCAGUUACUUUGCCUGUGCCACCUGGUGGCGGAGUAGCAACUGUUACACCACCACAGAUGCCCAUUCAGCUAAUGCCGUCUGGCACAGUAACUCAGAUAUCUCGCUCUCCAGCUAGUGCACCUUCUCCUCCUGUUGUUGUGAGUUCUUCCCACAAUAUGUCUGUACAGGCUUCUCCACCUACUCCUGAAACAAGCCAAGCCCUCAAACAGGCUAAGCAAUGGAAGACGUGCCCUGUUUGCAAUGAACUGUUCCCAUCAAAUGUCUAUCAGGUCCACAUGGAAGUGGCUCAUAAGCACAAUGCAGUAAAAACAGAGGAAACUCUUGAACCUGACAAGCUUGCAGUUUGUGCACCCUUUUUGAGAUGGAUUAAAGAGAAGACUGUCCGGUGUUUCUCUUGUAAAUGUUUCCUAAGUGAGGAAGAACUUAUAAAACAUUUACUGAUGCAUGGUUUAGCUUGUUUGUUCUGUACAUAUACUUUCCGUGAUCUAAAAAGCCUUGUGGAACACAAUAAGACUGUGCAUAAUGGAAAGAAGAUGUUACAUGAAGACUACAGCAACAGAGGAUUUCAACUAGAUAACGAUGCUGAUGGUGACAUUAUAUUUCCACAUUUUGACUUCAGUACAGUGUUACCAAAAGAAGAACUUGGUGAAAAGGAAGUACACUUGGCAGUACUUGCAGGGGUAAACUCGAGGACCCUUGUACCUGUGUACAUCAAAGUGAAGCCUCAGACAGCUGAAGUGAACAAUAUGUGCAGCAAAAAAGUAUUUACAUGCCCCUUUUGUUUUGGUACUUUCAUUAGCAAAGAAGUCUAUGAAAUGCAUUUGAAAGAGAGGCAUCAUAUCAUGCCAACUGUACACACAAUUUUAAAGUCCCCUGCUUUCAAGUGCAUCCAUUGCUGUGGCGUGUACACUGGAAAUAUGACUCUGACUGCUAUUGCUGUGCAUUUGCUCCGCUGCAGAAGUGCUCCGAAAGACAGCAACUCAAGUAUGAAAGUGCCGCUUGAGCGCAAUGAGAAGAAAGAGUUAUCAUUUGUGAAUGGUGAAAAGCACGAUUCUGUCUCUCAAUCUGCUAAAAGAAAACAAUCUGAUCUAUGCUCUGUUGCAGAGGACCAAAGGAAUAAAGAACAGCAGCCUCAGUCCUUAAACAUUGGCACAGCUCUAGCUCCAGAUAAAGACGUAAAUCUAGGGGUAGUGCCUGUCAAGCGACAAAAGGUUGAGAGCAGGACAGAAAUGAAAGGACCUCCUUCAGGUGAGAAUCUCCAUAUUCUAGCAUUAGAUCCUAAACAGUAUGAACACAGUUCAUAUGAAGCUCGAAAGCAGUUUCUGGCAGAUUACUUUCACAAGAGGCCAUAUCCUACAAAAAAGGAGAUGGAAUUACUGUCCUCAAUGCUGUGUGUAUGGAAAAUGGAUGUUGCAUCAUUUUUUGGAAAAAAACGACAUGUGUGCCUAAAAGCGAUAAAAAAUCGCCAGCCCUCUGUGCUUCUGGGUUUCAGUAUGUCUGAACUUAAAAAUGUAAAGCACAGUUUGAGUUUAAAAUGUAAACCGCAGGAUCUGUAAAAAUGCUUUAUAGUUUUAAAAAGAAUCGUAAUUGCAUAAUUCUCAGUUUAGCAAUUUAUUACUUUGGUUUAAUUUCUUUUAACUUACAAACUGACCUUUGCAGGAUUACAGCAGUACACAAAGCCUCAUUCAGAUUUGACUGUGUUGAAAAAAGCAGCAGUGAUUGUAGAACUGAGGAUGGUAGAUCCUUCAAAUUUUCAGCUCCGGAAUUUGUUGUAGCUUUAUUUUUCUUUUCUUUUGUGGAGUAGGUUUUUCCCUGCCUCCCUCUCUCCAUUAGGCUUUUAUACCACAUGUAUUGUCUUUCCUGAUUUAAAAUUUAUUUUUUGUCAGCAAUGUCAACCUCUCUCUCUCUCUCUCUCUCUCAAAAAAAAAAAAAAAAGGGGGGGGCGCAUAAUGUUGGUUAGAAUAUCAAGACAAACUAAAUGAGAAAACAGAUCGAAUUUAAAGUAUUGGUUUAAAUUUCUUUAAACUCCUAAUUUUAUUUUUUUUCUUUUAUCCUCUAAAGAAACUGAUUGUGGUAUUUAACUUCUCCCUCAUAACCUGCCCAAAAAAGUUAUAUUUAUUUUAGCAAUAAUAAAAUGGAUGCAGCAAUUUUUUCCUCAAAAGAAGAGUAUGUGUACUAAUUACAGUUCCAGUGAUGCACAGUAGCUAAAUAAUAUAUAUUUUUGGGAGGGAGGCCGGUUCCUGUUAAGCUCUGGAAUUAGGUGACUUAAACUGGCUGUGAUUUUUAUCUCAUUAAAAAUUAACUAAUUUAAAGGGAUUGUUUUCUGUCACUUUGUAGAUAUGGGACACUCUCCAGUUGCUAAAUUUGUACAAUUUCAAAGCCUGUUGACAACUUAUUACAAACGGUGAAGUAGUUUUAGAGAAGUAUCAAAUUACUUUGAUGCAUCUUGACAUAAUGUGACUUUUAUUCACAUAUCCUUUCUUACUUGUUGAGAGCUCAGUCCCAGCAUCACUGAAGUCAAUGGGAAUGUGUCUAUGCCAACUCUGUGUGUUGGUUAGGGUAUUGAGUGAACACAGUGCCCCUUCUAAUAACCAAUGAGAAAUGUAGCUUAAACCACUCUCCUUUCAUAAACAGUCAGAAAGCAGCUAAAGCUAGUGGAUGGAAUGAUAAUAUGGCACCUUUUGCCUAUGUCAUUGAUUCAAAUGGAAUUCCCAUAUGUGAUGUGUACACAUUCUUGCCAUCUGACAAAUAGUUAAUGGUUUCUAUGAAAUUAAUUGGUCUCAAAGUAGUUUCUAGUGAACAAACGUCUACAUCACCAAACAAAAAACCCUCCAGAACUGCCAUCCUUGGUAAGUGAGAGUCAAAAGGAUUGAGUGGGCUUGGUGAUUAACCUAGCUUUAAAAUGAAUUAGAGAUGUGAUUUGUGGCCACUUGCAUUACCAGUCCACUGCUAUACCUACUAUUUGGAUAAAUGGGGGGCUUUGGUUUUAAUCAGAUUGUCAGUUUGGCACCUUCCAAAAAUCACUAAAAUUACUUUGCCAAACAAGGCCAGUAACAGGCCAUUCAAAGCAAAUAUUACAAGUGGUCUGUCCUACCAUUGAACUUGUACUGAUGACUUCAAACAAAGGCAAGAAGAAUAAUGUGCUUGGUGUGAUUAAUUUAGGUAAUAAAAAAGUCAUUCUUCUCCUAGUCAGCAAUUUUUCAUCCCAUACCAGAGUUUUGUGUUUUGUAAAUUGCAUGUAAAUGUGACUUUACAUUGAACAUUUCAAGCAGUUGUAUAACAGGGCAUGACUUAUUGUAACCAUAACUAUCAAAGGAAAAGCUUGCUGCUGCCUUAUUUGAGCUUCUACAAACUUUAAAAUAUCUGUAUUUUGGAUUAAAAGCGUCGUAUUUUCCUGUUGAAAAAAGGGUGAAAUGUUCUCAUAUACUUACUAUUUCAGUAAUUUUUUGUUUAAAUUGUAAAAUACAAAAAGAAAAUCCACAAUAAAAUUGAAUCUAGUCUUGUAAUGCAAACUCUGAACUAAAAUCCUGUAAGGGAUUGUUAUAUUUUUGAGAGGAGGAGUCAGGGGGAGAAUUGAUCAACAGGAUCCUAAAACCAAUAAGAAAAAUUUGAUGAGGUCUCCUAAAAGAUGUUACAGGAUCCUAAUCUGACUUGUGAUUUGGCUGAGUUUAGUUUGUGAACCAGUCUGGAGAGUUUAGGGGGAUUUAAAAAAAUACUUACAGUUCUCGACUUGGAAAAAGAACGUACUGUGGGCAAGAUUCAUCUCGGGUGUAAUACCAUUCACGUCAAUGGAGUUACACUAGGGAUUUGACACUAUAGAUCUACAAGACAGCUUAAGAUGAGUGGUUUAAGGUACUGUUUAUAUAUUACAAAUGUUUCUUAUUGGGAGAGAACCAAGAAGUGAUAUUAAGAGUUGAUUCUUGCCAUGGUGGUGGAGGAAACAAUUUAGUGUUACCAGUUUUCUUUAUUGUACGCUGUCUAGGGACAAUGUUAAACAUUUUAUCUAUUUGGCCUUUGAUUUCACAGUUUCAAAUAAACCAACUUUUUAACUUUU